AUGUCUUUCCUUCAUGGUGUUCUUGAUGGAGUGAAGGAUGAUGAGAGUGUAAAGAAAUAUGAUGGUUAUAUUCAAGUAGAUAAAUUGUCUACUGUACUUAACACACUUACUAAAAGUAUUGGCUCCGGGCGUGUUGGCCUUUCGCAGUCUGUCGGCGAGGUGAUGAGGUGGUUGGGGAAAUAUAAUGAUGAAGUUGAUAGCAAGACAAGAGGAGUGACCAAUGGAUUAUCUACGCUUAUAGGUGAUUACUACAAUCAAGUUCAAGGGACGGAAGCAUUGGGACUGGAGACUCAGCUGGACGUCUGGAAGGGUACGGUGAAGAAUAUCGAGGACGAACUUAAUCACAUAGAAACCUAUAAUGUUACUAAAUUAGAUAGCACAUUACAGUCGCACAUAAAGCACAAAUUAGAGCCUGUCAAAAAGGUGGUUGCGCACCUGAGUAACGUUGCUGAGAAUACGGCAUUCCGCCCUAAGGUGGAGGCUGUCGAUAGGCAAUUAAGGGAGCGGGAAGAUGCAGUCACUCAGCUAAUUGAUAAAAAGUCUAGAGAGCUUGGGGAAACAGUAGAAACUAAGUUUGACCUUAUUGAUGAAAAUUUAAAGACUAUUAGUGGCUUGCAUACUGGUGACUUUAAGGUUUUGAUGCAGUUGGUUAGCACGCUGGAGAAAGACGUUGAAACUGCAGAUCAGGGAGCAAAAGCGUUGGAGACACAUUAUAAUACUAAAAUUGUUGAGCAGUUGGAGAAGGUUAAUGGACAGGCUGUCCGGCUUGAUACGGAGAAUAUUACUAAUGGUCUCCGUACAGUUUUCACUGCGGUGAGUAAUCAGCUGGACGCGCUAAAAAGCCAAUUGGUAGAGCUUUGUGGUUUCGGAAAUGAAGUUACAAGAGGGGUAAAGGAUAACGUGAGUGGUGUCGACACUGAGUUGCAACAGCAGAUCACAUCGCUUAAGCAGCAAAUUAAGAGUAAAAUUACGAAAUAUGUUGGUGAUACGUUGGCUAACAAAAUUAAGAAGGCGAUCGAAGAAAAAACAGAUUUAAUUGCCAAAGGGGAUGGUCCCUUAAAUAAUGUUGUGGACGGUAUUAAGCAGUAUGCUGCGAAGUUUUCUACAAAAGAGACGUUUGGGAAGGAAGUUUUGAAUGAGUGGUUGGAGGAUAUUUUGAAGGACAGGAAGGCGUUUCAGUGGAACCUUAAUAUGUAUGUUAGCGAAAAUAAAAGAAAUAAUCACCUCUCUGGUAUUUCGAGUGGCAGUGACCCCAAGCUGCUUAAUCCAAUAAAGGAGCAUAUAAAGAGCGCGCUUGAGAAAAAAGUUUAUAAUGGUAGUGAAGUUGAAUUCAUCACCCAGCCUAACGGUGAGAUUUCCGAUAAUGUCGGGAAAAUACAGGCGGCUUGCACAAGUUUUGCCACUCAACUUGAGAAAGUUAAGCGUGACGAAAUGACGUUUAUUUCUGACAUAGUCGGAGCGAUUGGCACCGGUUUAGGGGUGAGCUCUGGUGCUACCAUUUCAGAUGGUUACUACGAUGGAUAUCUCACCAACGCCAUAGACACCAUCCUCCAACGACUCUCCGCCAAAUCAAAAGAAGCCGCCAUCGAGCUGAACUGGCUCACUGACGAAGGGCCAAUCAACUUGGGCGCCAAAGUGAAGGCGGCGAUAACUAGAGUUAAAGACCUUGUCAAGGACCUUGAUGAACAGCUUACCCCAACAGGAACUAACACUAUAGGUGACGAUGUUCAGAAAGAGCUCGGCGAACAGGCCACCAACAGCGAAGUAGAAAAAGGUUUAAGAGACCUCCUCAAGGAUGCAGCAGAGAGAGCUAUCGAGAAGCUAAAUGCUAAAGUGAAGCAUAUCACUAGUACACAACUUGAUGGUACCAAAUCGGCUAUUGAAUCACAGAAUAAUAAGCUGAGGAAGGACCCCGCCGGCGCUAUAUAUAGAGCCGCCCAAGAUCUGCAGGUUCAGAUAACUGAAUUACAAGAACUGACAUCACAAGUCAACGAUAACGCAGAAGGGCAAAUCAGCCGGCGCAUUACGUUCCUGAAAGAACAAGUUGCGGCGCUGAAAGAGAGUGUUCUAAAAAUAAACAAAUCCAUUAAAAAAUUCGAUGAAGAUUUGAAUAAUGCCAUUGAAACUGCGCGAUAUAACGCUUUUCAAGCUCGCCAUGAACUUCAACGCCAAAUCAUGACUGCGCAAAGUGAGCUCACACAGACUACUGAAGAAGCUUUCACAGAAGUCAAAAAGGCCGUGCAAGCUAUGUUCGUAAAACAGCACGAAACCGACUUGGAUGAACUUAAGAAAUUAGUCAGCGACCAAAAAGACGCGAUACAGCAUAUUAUAAAUCGAGAUAAAAUUACAGGAGGCAAAGGCUUAUUAAAUAAACUCCAUGCUCACUUUGUUCCUGAAGUAAAGGAUAUAGACACGACUCCAAGCUCCAAACUAAAAGACGCAGUGGAGCGUCUGCAUCGUGGAAUAAAUAGAUUCUUUCCGGAGCUGGAAAAGCAGGCCAACAUGGAAUCGCAUUCCACGGAGAUAAAUAACAUCUAUAAGAGUUUAAUAAAAUUAGUCAAACAGUUAUUCGAGUCGGAGCACUUCGACCAUCUCGUCGAGAAGAAACGUGAGGAGUUCGAAAACGCACUUGCUUCAUUUUCGACUGACACAAUGAAAGACGCCCCAAAGGCUGUCUUGUCUCCUCUGAAGCGCGGCUUACAAGACUUUGUCCGUGAAUUGCAGAAGCAGUACGUUAACAAGUACGAGGGGUGUCAGCCGAUCACUCAGUGGGUAACUCAGGACACUGAGCAAAACGCUGAGCAAGGCGCUGACCAAAUCGCUGGGCAAAACACAAAGUUGACGUCUGAUGGUGAGAAGUGCGCCAGCGUUCUCGUUACCAUCAUUGCGAAUAUCUAUGAGGACUUAAAGUUGUUGCGGGAUGGAUGUGCCAAGCAUGGUCCUUGUGAAAAGAAACGUGUUUACCUAUACGAGCCAUCACCAGAUGAUGUAAAAAGAACGGAAAACAAACUAGGCGUAUGGUUAGACCACCAAGGAUUUACGGUGUCCAAGGAAAAAGGCUCCCAUGAAGGUGAAUUAAGGAAUAAAGAUGAAUGCAACGGUAAGCAUAUUCUUACUCUGCUCGAAAGCAACAGUCUCAUUAGCCGGCCGUUCUCAGAUGAUGAGGCCUACCAAGGAGAUGUGGUCGAAUUAUAUGAGUGCUUUGCAGCUUAUAUGACAGUUUGUCACCUUCGACUGCCUCAAUCGAAAACAUAUCCGUCUUCAGUUAGAGACAUGUUGUCAUGGAUGGCGGGACUUCCGUACACUCAGAUUUACGGUCAAAUUAAUAAGCAUUGCACAGAGCUCCUGAAAAAGGAAGUCGAGGAAGCUCAAAAGAAAUCCCAGGCACCGGACACAGUACUGAAGAAAAUUCUAACUACCGACCUAUAUUACAGCCUCUCUUCUACUUGCCGAACUUCUUAUCGACUCCUCAAAACAAUAUGCGGAAAUGGCCGUGGCAACGACCAAACAGACUAUCCCUAUGCCUGCUAUUUCCUAGACAAUUCUCGCGGUUUCCACUAUCCAGAUAGCGUAUCUACUCUAAUCGAUGUGUUGAAAAAUAUAUGCUCACGUUUACUUCGAUCACUCUACUUUCUUCGUACAAGAUGCGGAUACGACGCGUCUACAGCCAACGGUUGGUAUGAUUGCCGAUAUGGCAAAGAUGUCUCCGCUUACCAGUUGCCGUGUAAAAAUGCAUCUCACUCCGAUGCGGAAUGUGUCCCGAAAUCUCCACUCCAAGCCCACUUAACUGAUGCCCUUCCCGGAAUGUUGCCGCACGCGGUAGCGUCUGUUGGCUGUAAGUCGGCUUGCAACACUUGUCCCAAGACAUCUGCUGGCCAACCGUGUCUGACACCUAUGGGCUUAUGGGAUUUGACAACUUCGGCGUCUAUCAACAAAACGGGGCGUAAUAUAUGUAAAGUGCUCGACGAGUUGUGUAAAGAUGCCGAGUCACCCCUCUGCUCUCUGCUGCGGUGUCUGCAAUUUGUGUCUCCAUUCCCACCUAGCAGUUUACCAGACAUGUUCUCCUUAUUCUGUAAUUUCUUCCAAUGCAGGAAAGUAGACAGUAGAACUGACCGUUUACGAUAUGGCCACAAUGCCGAUUUUAAACAGUACUUGACCGAUGAGACCAUAGAGGCUGCGUUCCCACUGCACAAGUGGUAUCACGAAAAUUUCAGUAAUGCCAUUCUCACCAACGCACUGACUAAAUUAGAGAAUUCUGUCGAUAAUCACAACGAAUCUCCUCCAAAAGAUGCAGAUCCCAAGACGCUGUCGAGCACCCAUUCGGACCUAUCGAGUAUUACCUUCCGAUCCAAGUGUUCCAUCUCAGGCAUAUGCGGUCAAUAUAUGCAGCCUCUGUGUGUACAUGCCUACCAUUCGUUUUCUAAAAAACAGGCUGGACUGCACCUUUCAUGGUUCGUACACCUAGCAUGGAAAUUCUGGGAAUUGCUUGAUUGCUUCCUUAAGGCCUUCCAGGAUGCUCAAUGCAAAUCAUAUGGAUGCUCAUCGUGUAACUGCGGCAGCGGUAAGCACGGCGACAAAGAAGCCUCGUUGUAUCCACAUUCUAUCAAUACGGAUUCACAUUUGGCAACGCAAAGCAACUCGCAUCCACAAAGAAAUGUGAUAUGCUAUGUGCACAGCUUAAGAGAGUAG